AUGGCGAGCAACAACACUGCCAGCAUAGCGCAAGCCCGCAAGCUGGUGGAGCAGCUGAAGAUGGAAGCCAACAUCGACAGGAUAAAGGUGUCAAAAGCAGCAGCAGACCUGAUGGCGUACUGUGAAGCCCAUGCCAAGGAGGACCCAUUAUUGACCCCCGUCCCAGCCUCAGAAAACCCCUUUAGAGAGAAGAAGUUCUUCUGUGUGAUCCUGUAA